CUGCUUUUUUCACUUGGUGGUGCCUGGCUGUGGAGGUGGUGUCACCAGCAGUCUUCAGGGCCUUUUCAGGUCAGCUUGCUUUAAGUGCGGCGGUACUAACCACUCGAAGAAGAAUCGCUGCGCUCAUUGCAAUGCUGACCUGAAGGCGAAGAAGCUGGAGUUGGCUAAGAAGAAGCAGGAGGUCGCCACCGAGAAAGGGAAAAAGUAUCAGGACUCCUCUAACCUUCAUCACAUUGAGGAGAGCCUGCAAAACAACAUUUGUUCCCUGGCUGGUGCUGGCAGAAUCGGGGCAUAUAUCUGGUUCAAGACAGGGCCAACUGGUCAAUCCACGACAGGAUUUAGGACCAGUUGUGAUGUCUUGGCCAGAGGUUUCAAAACCAAAAUGGGGAGGAAGAUUAUACGAAGCCUUCAUGUCCUAUAUGAUGAUAACAAGGACGAAAAUGCACAAGAAGACCUGACUCCGCCCAUGCCCAUGCCAGCCAUGCCAGCUCAAGAAGCAGCCAACACAUCAAAUGCACAAGAAGACCUGACUCCGCCCAUGCCCAUGCCAGCCAUGCCAGCUCAAGAAGCAGCCAACACAUCAAAUGCACAAGAAGACCUGACUCCGCCCAUGCCCAUGCCAGCCAUGCCAGCUCAAGAAGCAGCCAACACAUCAAAUGCUGAUGACAUGCUAUUACCCGAAGAAAUAGAAGUUUUGCAGCAAUUGUGUUCUUCAGAGGCUGACUGCCAGUUCCUGACACUGCUCGUCCCCAGCAGUCUGCUGCUGCUGCUGGUAAAGGUAGAAAGAGAGGGAGAGGAACGACUGCAAAGGGCAGGCCUAAGAAGAGCAAGAAAACAGGAAACGAUGAGUUCAUGGUUGAGGAGGUCAGGGGAGUCCAGACCAUCGAUGGGGUCAACUUGUUUGAGAUCAAGUGGCUGGGCUUCCCUGAAGAAGAAAACACAUGGGAGCCAGCGAGUCAUUUGCCCGCUGAUGUGGUUACCCGUUUCUUCAUGAAGACGAAGUAACUUGUUCAUGUAAAUAAUCCUAUGGUCCUCCCUGAGUCAGAGUGUAUGACGUUGAUGACCUUUUGGUCAGUGGAACUUGUUAAGACUGUAAGCCUCUAGUCAGUGGUGAUUUGCCUGUGAUUAGCAACGUAUUGGACAUUUCAUUGUUAUCAGAGCUGUCAGAUUAUCAAUAUUGCUUGGU